UGCGGGAUCGUAAUGUUUACAAUAUGGCGUCACACAGAAACCACUCCAAGUUCGUGUCUAAAAUUCUGUAGCUGUAUAGCGAAUGUGUAUUACUUAUAGGAAAACUUCUUCUUACGUCUUAAUCGGAAUGUCUAGGAAUAGACCUGAAAAACUAAAGGGAGGAGGAGAUUCGACAGCCUUAGCAGCUGUAGCAUUACAGGAUCAUUUGGUCCGAAGUCUCAAUCUCAACUUUGGCAGUGUGAAAACAUUUGGUCCACGGAAUAUCGGGCUCGGCCCAGCGGCUCGAUCCAAACAGAGGUCACAACCUAGACCUGUUGUGGAUACCGGGAGAAACAGAUUUCAAAGAACCAAACCAAAGAAGAAAGAAGAAGAUGAAGAGUAUGUUCUGGAUCCGCAAAAAGUUCCAAAGUUAUCCCUCGCUCAGAAAAUGGGCCUGGUAGAAGCACCAGAACUGCCACUUACAGAACAGGAAUGGAAGUCUGUCAAAGAAAAAUCAAACAAACGAGACGACUCCAAACAGCCGUGCGUCAUCUGUAAGGAAGACUUCGGCACACAGGAACAGGUUCUCCUCUCCUGCACACAUGUUUUUCAUAAGGCGUGCCUGCAGGCGUUUGAGAGGUUCACCGGACGUAAGACAUGCCCUAUGUGUCGGAGGGCUGAGUACCAGACAAGGGUUAUACAUGAGGGCGCUAAGGAGUACAGGGUCAUUUGUGCCACAAAAAUACAGGCUGCAUGGAGAGGCUAUGUUGUAAAGAGCUGGUAUAGAAAACUAAGGGAAACAGUUCCGCCCAACGACCCUAAACUAAGACAGAAGUUCUACGAGGAGAAGUUGUCCACAAUCACAGACAGAAUUGUGAGGUCAUGUGACUUUAACGUGAAUACUUUCCUUACGGAGAUCGACCAGAGUUUAGAGGCAAGUCGGGACAUCUUCCGACGUUUUGAUGAGACGUUUAACACGAUUAGCGAUGAUGACUGGGAGGCCAUACAGUUAAAGGCGGUAGAAAGAGAGACACAGGACUGCCCAAUAUGUCUGACUAGUUUACUUACACAGACCUAUGUUCAACCAUCUGGCCUGGACAAAAGCUUGGAAUCUAUGGCAGAACCAUCUACAAAUUCAAGCACUAAACAGACCCAGUUAAAUAAAAACAGAACCUCUUCAAGUAAGCAAUCUUUUGGAGGACCAAAGGUGAAAUCUUCUAAGAAAUCAUCCGAAAGGGGACAUGAACCUACGACUAAAACAGGACACGAACCUACAACUAAAGCGGGACACGAACCUACAACUAAAAAGAGAAAAACAGUUUUACUGUCUUGUUCUCAUGUCUUUCAUGAACAGUGUUUACAGACUUUUGAGGAACUCUCUUUACACGAUGGUCGCCAUGUUUGUCCAGUCUGUCGUUCUGUAUAUCAGAAGAAAAUCAUUUCUAUUUAGAAAUUAGGUGCAGCUUGAAAAGGAAUGACAGGAACUAGUUAUAUUCAAUCGAUGAAGUUUUUUGUUUAUCUGAACUUUGAUGCCAAAAUUUUAAUAGCAAGAAUAGAUUACAGUGAAAUAGAUUUUCAUAAAAUGCUACUUUUUAACAUUCAAAUUUUCUUCUUUAAAUAUGCACAAUAUUUGGUGAUAUAAAUUAUUGCAAGUUUGUGUGAAUUUUGUCAAAGAAAAGAAGAAAUACUGUUUUUAUUUUCAGAGUUUUCAAAUCUUAGCGCUAUAUUGAAUUGGAACCAAAUAUGCUCUUAAUGAACUGAUAUGCAAUGUAUCUAUGAUUAAAACUAGCGAAAUCCUCAUUUAUUUCCAUGUUUUUGUAGUAUCGUGUAGGAUCCUACACAAGCGGCUAUGUCUUUAGAUGAGUGAUUGAAUUAUUUAACAAUAAAUUCUGUAUAUGACAUAGCUAUAAGUGUAUGAUAACACAUUACCGAUAUUAAUAGGAUGUAAAUUAAAACUCUCACCUUAACGUUCAUUUCUACAUGUGUAUACAAGACUUGCCAAUCUCGACUCGGACAGAAUAUGUUUCUCUACCAAAACAUUUGUGCGACAUUUAAGUAUUGAUCUGUUACCUAGAAAUGAUGACACGCUUAUAAAAUGGUUUUAACACCAUUUUAGCUUUAUCAUUAUAUAUUUCACAUAUGCAUGUAUGUGUAGAUAUUACAAAAUUGUUAAGAAUUCCAUAAUUUCUGGUUGUUUAAAAUUAAAGCCGUUUUCUUGCACAUUGAUAUACCAUUAUCAGGCAUUGCACCAGAUCGAACCAAUUGUUUCCUCAGAAACAUCUAUAAUGUUUCUAUAGACUGGAUUGGUUAUUUUAGGGGAUACAACACAGUCAAAAAAACAAUGAACUGAUUGGCAUGAAAAUUGACACCAUUUGCUUUGUAACAAAAAAUUACUAUACCUUUCCAUGCUAAUGUAUCUACAUCUAGGCUUUCUGUAAAAUACAUGCAAAUUUUUAAAAAAGGAAUUAUUUCAAAAUAUGGAUGAAAAAAAAUUACACAUUUCUCUGUAAAUGUUUAGUGGUUAUGAGGAAAAUUAUGAUUUAGUUCAGAAACUUCACUUACAAGUAAGAAUUAUAUUUAAGGGCAUUUUUAUCUCGCCAAAAUAUAGAAAUUUGAACAUUUGUUGUAAUAACAAAAUUUCAUCAUGAAUGAAAUCAUAUACCGGUAAGUUUUCUUGAAGUGAUAAAUUAUGAUAAAUAUUAGAUUAUGGAAGAAUAUUAUAACCUUUCCAUGGAAAUAAAAAUACUACAACA